AUGUGGUUUUAUCAAAAAGUAGUUGAUUACAAUCUUUUUAUGUUAAGAGAAAAUGAUUAUGAAGAUGACGAUGAUGAUGGUGGCGAUAAUGUUCAAAAUUCAACAAUUGUUAUUAAACAUCAAAAAUAUAAAACUUGGUUAUAUGUUAUUCUUCUUACACUUUGCCUUUAUAUUUUGUUUUAUGUGAAUUUAAUCAAAACUGAACCAAAAAUAAUUGUUAUACCGGAUAUAACAUUUGAUUUAUAUAAAAAACUUUAUGAUAAACAUAAUGAAAAACUUUUAUGCCCAUGUUCAAAAACAAUAAUAUCUUAUGAAAAUAUAACAUUAAAUGAUGUAAUAAUACAUGAGAUUUGUUCAAGUAUUUUUGUUGAUCCAAUAUGGAUAAAUGGAUUAUAUUUUCAUAAUGCAAGUCAAUAUGGAGUUUGGGAUUUUCGAACAACAGCAUAUUCACAAUUUGAAUUUUUAUCAAGUUUUUGUUCACUUUCAAAUGAAAUUAUUUCUAAAAUUUUGAAUGAUAGUGAUCAAAAUGAACUUGUUUCUCUUCAUCUUCUUUCUGAACAAGAAGUUCAAAAACAAAUUGAUGGAAGAAUUAAAAAUCUAAAGAACAAUGCAGCUUUUCAAAUAAUGACAUUUUUGAAUUAUGCAAGAAAUAUAAGUGAUAGACAUUAUUUUGUUUCAGCUCUCAAUACAAACUUGAUAAUCUUAACGCGCUGUCUGAGAGAGAAUUACUUAAUUUUUCAAGGAUACAUAAUAGGAAUUCUAAAAGGUGAUAAUGGAGCAGGCCUGAAAUGUAGUGAUACCACACUAAUGAUUGAUGCUACUCUGAGUUCACUACCAUAUGACAAACUUGAUGAAGAUAACUACAGAAGAGCUGACAUGUCUCCAAUGCCUAAUUCCAGCAGCGUCACUGGAUUCUUUGUAGCAUGUACUCCGAUCGAAGCAAUUCUCAAAAGUACAUUAUAUUGUCUUUACAAAGUAGAAUGUCUUCAAUUAUUACUCGACUAUUUUCCGAAUCUAGAAAAAGGUAAUUUCAAUCUAAGUGCUUCUGUGUUGUCUUCGGAACAUGAAGAUAUUACAGUUGAAAAAUAUUUCAAUAAUCUUUUUAUCAAAAAUUGGUCAACACAAAUUAAUUAUACAAAAUAUUUCGAUUUAUGUUCUCCGUUAUCAUGUUCACAUGAAACAACAGAACGAGCAGAAAUAGUUUAUGCUGUGACACUUUUUAUUAGUCUUUAUGGUGGUCUUGUCAUUAUACUUCGUCUUAUUUCAUCAUUUUCUAUUGAUCUCAUUUUCAAAUGGAAAUUGUGUGCGAAAAUGAGAAAUGAGAAUUCAUCAAUUGAACAAAGAAGCAUUAAGUUGAAAUUUCUUCAAACCGUGAAAAGAUUAAACUUAUUCAAGGAUAUCAAUGAUCGAACAGAACAAAGUAUCAAACAUCAGAAAAUGGUUACUUGUGUCUAUUUGAUUUUAUUGAUUGGUUCAAUCUGUAUUGUUUGUAUAUUUACAUCAUUGAAUAGUGAAAUUAUAACAAUACCCACACCAAAUGCAUCAAUAAUAACUUAUUUAGAAAUCUCACGUUCGAAAACACUUCAUUGUCCAUGUUCAAACAAAACAAUACUUUAUGGAGAGUUUCUUACAUUAUCGCCGCGUUUUCAUCAAAUAUGUUCGAGUGGUUUCGUUCAUAACAGUUGGAUUUCUCUAUUACGAAAGUUUUACACGUCAAAUUAUGAUGAGGACUGGCUAAGUCAUAGUUCCAGACAUUUUCAGUUUUUGUCAGACUUUUGUUCUUUAGCUCAAGAGACGGUCGAGAAAUCGAUUAGUCGAUAUCGUUCUCAAUUAUUUAUUGUUUCUUCUGUAAUGAAUCAAACUGACCUUGAAAAACAAAUCAAUGCUAGUCUCGAACAAUUUUAUCAAUCAACAAUCUUUGAUAUUCGUUUGAUGAUAAAUAUUCUGCAACUAUUUUUGCAAAUUAAUCAGCUAUAUGCAGAUUCAAGCAAGGAUCUUACAAUAAACUGGAUUGAUGAUGUUAAAUUAACAAUUGAUAAAAUGGCAUGUAAUAAAGACUUGAAUCAACCAAUCAAAACUUAUUUUCGAUUAAAUGAAAUGAAUUUAACAAUGGACAAAUGUAUUUGUGCCAUAAAUUCAUCUUGUCAAAAACCAGCCAUUAUAAAUGAAAGAUAUUCCAUCAAUGGAAUGCUUUCUAAUAAGAAUCCAUUUAAUCAAGUACCAGGUGAAAUUCAAAGAUGUUUUGUUAUUGAUUCUCUUCUUUCUUCAUCACUUCAAAUCUUAUAUGAAGAUGAAGAUUAUUUUCCAUUUCUAUUAGCUUCUAUUAGAGAUAAAAUUUCCACAAUUUCUGAUCCAUCUUUAGUAUAUGAUUUUGGUCCAUUGAUUUAUGAUCCAACGAAUCAAUUCUCUCAAAAUAAAAGUGUUUCAUCAAUCAUAUUUGAAAACUUAAUGAUUGAACAAUGGAAUUCAAAUUUAUCUUAUGAAUUAUUUUAUGAAUCAUGUUCACCUUCUUAUUGUAAUUAUUUUCAAAGAAUGCGAACAAAAAAUUUUCUCGGAGUAAUCAUAACAUUAAUAUCAAUGAUUGGUGGUAUUAUUAUUUCAUUAAGAAUUGUAACACCUGAUCUUGUAAAAAUUAUUGUUGCAUUAAUGAGAUUACUUGAGAAAAAAAGACAACAACAACAGCAGCAACAAAGAGAACUAGGUAAAUUUCACUAA